GAAAAAAGAAGUGAAAACGCUGUGGGCGUUGGCACGUCCUUUCACUUGUAUGUAUGCCCUCCGUAUGCGAACACCAAUUCUACGCGCCCCAUGGCAACAUCGUUGGGCAUAAACAAACCGUCCACUAACGCAUCCGCACACGCAUAUACAGACAGACACGCGGGGGUAUUGUAUAGAGAAAGGGCGGAUCAUUGAAAGCUGCACCCAUCCGUCCCCAUUUGCUCCCCACCAUUUCCAUCCUCGCCCCCAUCAUUCGAUCCUGUACUGUACUGCUACCACUCUCUCCUCCCCCUUUCCCCCCCUCAUCCAGAUACACUUGUUGUAGCCGGUGAUCAUCAUCAUCAUCAUCGCCAAAGCCGCGCACACACAGAGAGUGGAGCAGAGGAAAAUAUAUAUGCUUUCGGAAAGUGCGAGCCGGUUUUGUUUGCUUUGAGCUUUUUAUCCACAGCCGCUGGGAGGGUUAGGCUAGCCCGCUCCGUUCGUCCGUAUACGCCGGGCGUGGAUACCUAGGCUGCAGGCGGCCGGGGUGGGACUGUGGAGAUCGAUGUCGGGCGAGGACGGGUACUGCAGCACGGGCACGGAGUCGCCGCGGGCGGACUCCGUCGACGAGCAGGCCGCCGCCGACGCGGAAUCGCCGACAGGCGGAGGAGGGCCCAAUAAGCGCGACCACCCCUCGCCGUCGUCCCCGCUGCCACCGCCCAAGCGCAGCCGGAGAUCCGUGGAGAAGAGGGUGGUGUCGGUGCCGAUUGCCGAGUGCGGCGACAGGGCCAGGGCGAACGGCGAGGGCCCGCCGCCGCCGGACUCGUGGGCCUGGCGCAAGUACGGCCAGAAGCCCAUCAAGGGCUCCCCUUACCCUCGGGGGUACUACCGCUGCAGCAGCUCCAAGGGGUGCCCGGCGAGGAAGCAGGUGGAGCGCAGCCGCACCGACCCCACCGUGCUGCUCGUCACCUACUCCUUCGAUCACAACCACCCCUGGCCGGUGCCCAAGAGCAGCUGCCAACCGGGCAAGUCAUCUCCCCGGGGGCUCACGGCGCCCAAGGCUGAGCCUGACACGCCGCCCGUGGACUGCCAGCCCGAGCCGCUAGCCGAGCCUGAGACAGAGCCGGCCGAAGCGACGCUGGAGCAAGAGCAGGAUCAGGAACAGGAACAGGAGCAGAAGCCCGUCGUCGGUCUGGCCGAUCCCGCGGCGAUCACGGCGGCUGCGGCAGCGGAAGAGGAGGAGAGCAUCGACUACGGCUGGUUCGACCAGUACCCGACGUGGCACCGGACGCAGCAGUACGUGCCGGCGGCGUUCGACGCGGCGCCGCUGCUGCCGCCGGAGGAGUGGGAGCGCGAGCUGCAGGGGGAGGACGCGCUGUUCGCGGGGCUCGGCGAGCUCCCGGAGUGCGCCAUCGUGUUCGGCCGCCGGAGGGAGCUCGCCCUGGCUGCCACGGCGCCAUGCUCCUGACCGGCCACCUCCCUGGCUCCCUGUUCCAUUUCCCUUUUCUUUUCUUUUCCCGCCCCGGUUCUAGUUUUACCCGGAGUAAUUUGGAGGUGUAGUACAUAGCCGCAAGCUUUGGAUCAAUGGGGUCUCACUGUUCAAGAGUGGCCUUUGCUUCUUAUUUUA